AUGGCUUCGUCAUCGACCUCGUCCGCAUCAUGGGACGUCCUACGUCGCAACACACGCAAUCUGGAAUCGACCAUCGACGCUCGCCUUACCGCCUACUCUUCGCUCGCUUCCAAGAUUGCACGAUCAGCGGACACAAACUCCUACUCGGAUCACACCGCCCUCGAUAUGACCGGCACCGGCGCUUCUUCAUCUCUCGAUCACAGCGAGCAUCUCGAACUCGAGUCAGAGUUGGAAUCGUUGAUCAACGACCUCUCCAACUCUGUCGACACCUUGACAUCGAAGUUGGACGACCCUUCUGUUCCACCAACUUCGGCACAAUUGCAUGCGGUACAACGGCAUCGAGAGCUCUUGUUCGAUUUCACCAGAGACUUUAGGAGGUCAAAGACGAAUGUGAGACACGCAAUCGAUCGCAGAGAUCUAUUGGGGAACGUUCAGGGUGAUAUCAAUGCGUACAAGGCAGCACAUGCAAGCGAUUCAGAUGCGCUACUCGCAGAACGUGGUCGAAUAGACAAUUCGCAUUCCAUGAUCGAUCGUACCUUAGAACAAGCAUACGCGACAAGAGCAGACUUCGCAGACCAACGUUCCACCCUCGAAAACAUCUCCACCCGAAUGACUUCAACUGCAGCUCAAGUCCCCGGUCUCAACUCAAUCAUCACACUCAUCGGUAGAAGAAGGCGCAGAGACCAAUGGAUCAUCAGCCUCUUGAUCGGCUCAUUGACCUUUUUGCUGCUCAUGUUUGCAUUUCGUUGA